UGAAUAUAGUAAAUCCGCUAGGUGGUGUUAGUGAGCAUGUAUGAUUCCUACCACCACUAAAUUGCAUCUGAAGAAGUCGACUUUUUCUAAAUCAAUAGCAAGAUGGCGGCCACCAUGAAGAAGACAGUUGCAGUUGAAGAUGUCAAUGUCACAUUUGAGGACCAGAAGAAGAUCAAUACAUUUGCAAGAAACACGAAUCGAAUGACAGAAUUCAAAGAUGAAAUAGAGGCAAAAAAGAAAUCUCUACAGAAUCUGCAGGAUGCCAGUGAUGACCUGAUGAUGGCUGAGGAUGACACUCUGCUCGUCCCGUAUCAGAUUGGCGACGUCUUCAUCAGUCACACCCAGGAAGAGACCCAAGAGAUGUUGGAAGCUGCAAAGGAACAACUGCAGCAGGAGAUCAAAGACCUAGAAGGGAAGGUGUCGGCAAUACAGCAGGUGUUAGGUGAUCUGAAGGUCCAGCUUUAUGCCAAGUUUGGGAACAACAUCAACCUGGAGGCAGAUGAAAGCUGAGUGCUUUCUGAUGUGUAGACUUUAGCCGUAGAUCUGUUUUUUUUGUUGCUGUUUAGCGUGACACUGAAUCAAUUAUUAUGAUUGUAGGAGUUGGCAAGAUGCCACAAACAGUACUGGGAUCAGGCUAAGAGGGCAACUCUCUUUACACAUGGACUUUUCAUGCAGCUCACAUAUUAUCAAAUCCACACAGUGCCGACAGGAUGCUUGCCAAACCAACAUGUUUGUCCUUUUCUCAAUAUCAACAUGAUUUUUCUCAGCAAUGGUU